AUGCCUACUUCUACACCCCGACCCUCACAAAGACCAGCUAGUAACCCGAUUCGAUUAAUUGGUAUCAUCUUGCUAGCUAUAGUUGUUCUUCUGGGUCUUGCUGUGCUCAUCACUUGGCUAGUAGUCAAGCCUAAGCGCCUUGUUUACACCAUCGAAAAUAGUUCAGUCAAGGACUACAACUUCACCAAUGACCACCUCUCUGGCACUUUUGAUUUCACUGUAAGGUCUUACAACCCCAACAAGAGAGUCUCGUUUUACUAUGAUUCCAUCGAGGCUACAGUCAAUUACAAUGACCAGACAUUGGCAUUUUCUACCGUCGAGCCAUUUUACCAGCGCCAUCGAAAUGUGACCCGAUUCAACGUGGAGUUCGUAGCUAAAAACACUGCACUUCCCAGCUUUGUCGCCAAGGAUUUCUUGCUCGAGAAAGCCACGGGUAAGGUUCAACUGGAUAUUUGGCUUAAGGCAAGAAUAAGGUACAAGGUGGGAGCAUGGAAGUCGAGGCAUAGGACACUGAGGGUUUCGUGUUCACCGGUGUUCGAGUUCAACAGGUUCAAGAAUUUGAAGAGGACUUACUGUUCUACAGAACUUUGA